AUGCCGGCACCGAGCGUUGAGGACGGCAGCGCUGCAAGGUCGGCUGCCGUGAGACCCGAAGCAGAGUAUAUUCCUUAUGGGCUAUUUCUGUCUGGACCAUGCGUUAUCUUACAAGCCAGCCACAUCUUGCUCUACAUCGUACAGCCGCCGGGGACGAUACAGGCCCCGAACAAGGCAGACUUGCUUUUGGGCGCGCAUGGGCCGUUGAUCGACUUCUUAGUUCCCGCUCAACUGACCCUCUCGGAUCCAUCCAUAGCGUCUACUGUAGGUCAUCUGCUCGCUUUCGAGCGAAUCACAGACCAGUCUGGGGAUUUGAACAACUCUUGGUUCGGGAAGGCACUGUUUCCGCGACACGAGGCUUCCGCAGAUUACAACUAUGAGCGUUCCAACCCCAUCACGAACCCUUGA